AAUGCAUUUCCUGUGUCUGGAUUAUUUUCCACACACCUGUUGUCAUUGGAUGCCCUGCUGACAGUGGUGGAUAGUAUUGAACAACAUUGCCAUAGUCGUAUCCUUAAAUCCACCACUAAUCCAAGUCAUGGCGGGGAUCAAACCAAGAAAGGCACAGAUUCUGGUGAAGGACCGACAACCACUGCUGAGACAGAGAAGGAUGAAGGAGGAGCAACGACUUCUCAAAAAAUGCAGCAAAACCAAGAGAAUAAAAGUGGUAGCAAGUUACGAGAUACAAGAAAAGGUCCAUUCAUCAAACCCAACAGAAUGAAGGUGACUAGUGAUUUACCAACACAGGAAGAACUUUAUGCACUUAAACAAAGAAAACGGGUGUACCAAACUGGGACAGAAUAUUUCAACCAGAAGCCAGCUAAAGGUAUAGCAUACCUGCAGGAGCAAGGUAUGUUGUCUGAUCCUUUAGACCCAGAGGAGGUUGUCAACUUUAUCAAAGAGAAUCCGAAAAUAGAGAAGAAGAUGUUAGGAGAAUAUAUUACAAAAAGGAACAACAGCAAGUUAUUGGAAGUGUUUGUAAAAUCAUUCCAUUUUGAAGAUCUGCGUAUAGAUGAAGCAUUGCGUCAGUAUUUGGAAGCUUUCAGACUGCCAGGGGAAGCCCCUGUUAUCUCAUUGGUCAUGGAACAUUUUGCUGACCAUUGGCAUAAAUCGAACGGAGAGCCUUUCCACAAUGCUGAUGCAGCAUUCACAUUGGGUUAUGCUAUUAUAAUGUUAAAUGUUGAUCAACAUAAUCAUAAUGUGAAGAAACAGAAUAUUCCAAUGACUGUUGAGGAGUUCAAGAAAAAUCUUACAAAGACAAAUGGUGGUGAAGACUUUGAGAGUGAAAUGCUGGUAGAAAUUUAUAAUGCCAUCAAGACGGAUGAAAUUGUCAUGCCAUCAGAACACACGGGUCUAGUUAGAGAAAAUUACUUGUGGAAGGUGUUAUUAAAAAGAGGCAAUACAAAAGAGGGUUUAUUUACCCACGCCCCCACGGGAGCUUUCGACCAUGACCUAUUUACACUGAUCUGGGGACCAACAGUAGCAGCUCUGUCAUUUGUGUUUGACAAAUCAACAUCAGAUGAAUCUAUUAUCUCAAAGGCAAUAUCAGGCUUCAGGAAGUGUGCAAUGAUAUCAGCUCACUAUGGAAUGAGUGAUGUGUUUGAUAAUCUAGUCAUAUCUCUGUGCAAGUUUACUACUCUACUUAGUUCUGUCGAGGCCCCAGAGACUAUUCCUAUAUCAUUUGGCAUGAACAAGAAGGCACAGCUGGCUGCUAGGACAGUGUUUAGCCUGGCACACAGACAUGGUGAUAUCUUACGAGAGGGUUGGAAAAAUAUUCUAGACUGUAUGUUACAGCUGUACAGGGCUAAACUACUACCAAAAAGUAUGAUAGAGGUUGAAGAUUUCUUAGCACCCUCCGGGAAAAUUUGUCUUAUAAAGGAAGAAAGUCAGUCAAACCAGAGAUCAGAGUCCGGCUUCUUGAGUAGUGUGUACUCAUACUUUGCUACACCUGAGGCGGCAACCAGCAAAGGUCCGAGCCCAGAGGAAGAAGAGGCUACAAAGUAUGCCACAAAAUGUAUACGAGACUGUCAACUAGAACAGCUGAUUGUUGACAGUAAAUUCCUUAGAGAAGAAUCAUUACAUGAGCUUAUAAAGGCAUUGAUAUUUGCGUCACAAGGACCCGAGGCUCAUGAAUCUAUGGGGACGAUAUAUGAUGAAGACGCAGCAGUGUUCUUCUUUGAACAGUUUAUAACAUGUAUUCUACAAAAUAGGGAUAGAGUGAGUCCAAUAUGGCAGUCAGUACGUGAACACAUUUACAGUUUAAUGGUAAAUGCUGCAGAACACACUUUCAUGGGAGAGCGUGCAGUCGUCGGACUUUUACGUAUUGCCGUAAGACUUUUACGACGUGAAGAAAUUGCCCCGCAGGUGCUUUCAUCUAUUCAGAUAAUGUUAAUGAUGAAACCCCCAGUUAUUCAUGACUUUCAUAUAAGUGAGCAGAUUUCGUAUGGAUUACACGACCUGUUACGGACAAACGCAGCAAACAUUCAUUCCAGUCAUGACUGGUAUACAAUAUUCAUGCUUUUAGAGGUUGUAGGUGCUGGAGUUAAUCCGCCACCAGUCUUACAAGUGAAUAAUGGAGUCAAUGUGACUGAAGGUCUAAUAGAAGCAGGUGCCCAGAGUGAUAGUGAGCUGCCCAGUAACAGUAGUGUUAUAUCAGGGGGAACUGACCGUGGUUAUACCUCCGAUAGUGAGUUAGAGACCAGGAAUAGAGUCGCACCAGCUGACUUUGAGGUACGAGCUAUUCCAGAAAAUGGAAGCUGGAUGCUGGUAAAUAAAGAUGAGCAACCAUACAAGAAGCUUGCACCAGUAAAUCAGUACAGUAUAGAACUAAACGAGCAUGUUCAGAUCUGUGAUAGUAAAUCUUUGUUGAAAUCCUCGGAAACGUUAUCAUUCCUGGUACGAGAUGCAGCCCACGUCACACCACUUAACUUUGAAAGCUGUGUUCAUGCAAUUCGGGCAUUUGCCGAGGCAUCCUUAAAUGGAGGUCAUAAAAAAGUAACUGUCUCGCCAAAGCAUACAAAAGAUAGGAAAAGUAAAUAUAAACAGAAGAAGCAUGCAGCGUCACGUAUGAAGAAAUCACAUUCUAGCCCCAGUCAGAUACAUAUGACAACGAGUUCGGACGAGGAGAACGAGGCCGAGGGCUUAGAUGCUGAACUACACUCACUAUCUAUACAGUUAUUAGAUCUGAUGCAUACCCUGCACACUAGAGCUAACAGUAUUUAUUCCUCAUGGGUGGAGGAAGGCCAUGCUGGUGAUUCAGAGAGGGCUAUAGUAGAAACAGGGUCAGGCUCACUGUGGAUCAAAUGCUGGUGCCCAUUAUUACAAGGUAUCGCUCGACUCUGCUGUGAUGCAAGAAGACAGGUCAGAGGUCAGGCAUUGACCUAUUUACAGAGGGCAUUACUUGUCCAUGACCUUCAGACUCUUUCUGCUGUAGAAUGGGAGGCUUGUUUUAAUAAGAUAUUAUUUCCACUGCUGACAAAGUUAUUAGAAAGUAUAAAUACCCAGGAUCCAUCUGGCAUGGAAGAGACGAGAAUGAGAGCUUCAACUCUUCUUUGUAAAGUAUUUCUGCAGCAUUUGAGUCCAUUAUUAUCUUUGAGUACAUUUACAGCACUUUGGCUCACUAUUUUAGACUUUAUGGACAAAUACAUGCAUGCUGAUAGAAGUGAUCUUCUUGCUGAGGCAAUACCGGAGUCUCUUAAGAACAUGUUACUGGUGAUGGAUACUGCAGGGAUAUUCCAGAAUGGCGAUGAAGUAGACUCGCAACUGUGGCGUCUCACCUGGGAUCGUAUAGAUACAUUUCUACCUCAUCUGAAAGAAGAGCUCUUCAAGCCAUCUGACCAUGAACCAUCAAAGCUGGCAAUGGAUCGUGAAGAGACACCAACCCCAGAGGCAGAGUCAUCUCCCAUGUUGUCAGGGGCAACACAUGACCUGACAGUGACGUCUGCUGCAGACAGUAAAGCUCCUGCUGAUGGAAGUCACAUGGCACCCGAGAAUGAUCAACCAAGCUCUCCAGGUAACGCUGAUCAUUGCUUAGCAACAGAAGAAAACUUGCCGUCUGCAUCUUCCUACUUUCUGCAUACGCCAUUACCCACAGUUCCAAGCUCUCACAUUGCCAAUACAACAUCUAGUCCUUCAAAAAUGGUCACCUCAGAUAAGUCAGUUCCGAGUCUUUCAAAAAGUACGAGCGAGCCAGUGUUGAGCCCUGGUGUGCCCUUGCUGCUUAAUCCAGAGCUUAUGAAAGAUGGGGCCCAAAUCCUCAGAGGUCAACCAGCAAACCAAACUGAUAACAGAGGGCCAGUUUUACUGAAUAACAAAGGAAGUCCAGUGCAUGCAUUGCCAGGCAACACAAGCCCCACCCACUCUAUACCACUUCACUUGAGCCCGGCUCACUCUCCUGCUCAGUCAAGUCCAGUGCAUUCUGGUAGCCCAGUACAAAGGGAUCCAGCUCUAAUGAAUUAUCCAAUGAACAGAGUGCAUCAAAUAUAAGAUUUAGUGUAGUCAAAUAUUGACAUAAUAAUUGAAAAUUGAAAAAAAUGCAUGCGGAUGUUAGCCAAAAAUGUCUUUAUAUUGAUAAAUGGGUGGACCAUUCUGGUAAAAUAAACCCUAAAUAGUUUCCUUACAAGGGUGUGUUAAAGAUAUUAGACUAUGACUUUGUUGAUCUUGACUAAUUAUUAUUCUGUUAAAUGUAUUGUUCAUAUGUUAUUUGUAUUGUUUAAUUGACUGCAAGCAAACGACGAUUAUCUUGAGUGGUGUAAAUGACCGUGACCUUUUUUGUGUAAAAUAUAAUAGGUUCCCAUAUGUAAUAAUUGGUUCUUUAUUUUGACCUUGUUGUAAAGGUGGACUCAGUUGUGAUAUUUUUUGUUUACAUAUUUUAAUUUAUUUGUGCAAUAAUGUAUUUGUAAAUAUGAAAUAGCAGUAAAGUGCACAUAUUGUAAAAAUGUAAUCCAUUUUGUAAAUUGUUUUUGUAUGUUUGGCAUUGCUUUCAUAAGAGAAUCUUUGGAACUUUGGAAUUAUUUUUUUAGCUUGUACAUUGUGCUAAUUACAUAGAUUUGUAUUUCCAUUGAAUGAUUUUCCUGGAAUAAAAAAGAGCAUGUCCCUCACAUUCAGCUGAAAGGUAGCUUGUAUUUUAAAGACAUUGGACUACUUAGAUACAUAUAGAACUCUAAUAUGUGUUAUUAUUUAAGGGGGUAGAUAUGUUUUUAUUGAAAAGCAGAUGGACACUUUUUAAAGUAUUUAAAACGCUUAAAUGCGUUUGUUAAAUAGUGUUUGAUAGAUCUAAUUUUAUCUGACUUAACGAAGAUCUGAUCUGAACUUCAAAAACACCAACUCAAGUGGGCGAGUUUAAUGUUGAUAUUUGAAAGCAAAGCCCUUAGAUAGUAGCCAAUAAGGGAAGUUAAUUUUAGACUGGUAUUGGGUUAUUAGCAGGAUCGAAGAAAAUAAAUAGUUUAUAACUGAAGAACUAGUUACAAGUUAAUCUUUUGUCUGGCUGGUUCCCUUGAAAUUUUUUCUAAGAAUAAACCUAAUGUUAAGGUCACAUGUUAAAUUUAGAUGGUAUACAUUUUACAUGAACAGUUCUUUUAUUAUGGCAACCAGCACACAUUUUUUUUUCUUGAGAAAUUUCCUGAUAUACUAGUAUUUCAUUUCUGAUUUAAGUUCUUGUCAUUAUUUCGAGGCAUAUGUAUAUUUUCAUUUUUCUGUACACAUUGCAUUUCAUUCAGAACCAAUUUUCAUAACUCCUUAAAGAAUUAACGAGUUUAGAAGAUUCAUUGUGAAAAUAUUCUGUAUGUGUAUUGAUAAGGAGGUAGAGCAGUUUGUCAUCAAGCUUAUUAUACAUACAGAGUUUUGCCAUUGCUUUAAAAUGUACUUUUAAAGAUAGACCAACAUUAUUGCAUGUUGCUUAUAUACAUGCAUAGUCAAAGGCAAUAUUAAUCCUUUCACAAAUGGUUAAAAAGGUGCACCCUUUAUUAAGUAAUCCUAUAUUUAAAUGUUCAUUUGAAACAAUAAUUCUUUGAUUUUUAGUUUGCUUUUAAUUUGAAAAAAGAUAAGUGAUUUUAACAGGCCUAAUGUCAAAUGAUAUGGGUUAUUCUGUUAUAAAAAAAAAAUUCACAUCUUUUUAUUUUUGAUUUACACAAUUUAUAUGGUAUGGAUACCAAGGUUAUAAAGAUUUUUUCCUUCACUUAAUCUCAAAUCCCCAGCAUUUGAUUGGUCAGAAACCAGCUCUGAAUGUACAAUGACCAAUGAAAAUGCUUAGAUUUGAGACUGAACUCAGUAAAAAAUAUUUAUAACCUUGAGGCCAGUACAGAAAAGGUAAUUAUGGAUGGUUAUAUAUUAACUGUUAACUUUGUUGUUUAUAUAUUCAUGUACUCCAGUUGAUGUAAGUUUAAAUUUGAUUUAUCUUGUGUGGCAAUGUUUUUUUAUAGAAGUUGAAGAAAAGAUAUUUUACUUGUCAGAAAUGUGAUUAUAUUGUCAUUGUUGAGAAGUUAUUUAUGGAUAUUUAAAUAAACUGUCAAAUAAAAUUA